UUUAACACGGUACAAAUACACAAAUGUGUGUGCGCGUUUGCGUUUGCGGUACGCGAAAAAGCGAAAAACUACCGACGGGACGGUCUCGUAACUAAGAGCAUUUAUUUUUGUUUUGCCCAAGUGAAUUCGGAUUUGGAAUCGCAAUCGGAAUCGGAAUAGGAAUUCGGAAUUCCGAUGGGCUAAAGUCAUUUUCCCCCCGUGCAGAGUGUUUUUGCGAGGAUGUCGACCCGAUGAACGGUGCAUUUGAGGAUUUGAUUUGAUUUAUUUAUUUGUGAUUUUGUGAUUCCACUGCAUAUGUAUAUAUAUAUGCACAUGCAUAUGUGCGUGUGCUGGAAUAUUUCAAUAUGCAUCGUCCACCUACUGAAAAACAGUAUUUACAUUGAAACGUAAAUAUUUAAAAGGAGCCAGAGCCACUCUUCCUGUAAAUGUUUCAAACACCACAGCUUCAACGCCUGAAUACAAAUAUACACCAUACAUUAGCCACCGCGGAAGAACGCAGCCUGAAAUAACCUAAAGCAGCUGGGCCCGAAAAUCUUCAAUAUUUUUGAAACCAAAAGCAAACACAAUGGGCGGCGGCAAAAAUAUACGCCGCGGCUUGGAGCCACUGGAGUUCGAGGAAUGCAUCGUCGACAGUCCGGACUUUCGCGAAAAUCUAAACCGACAUGAAAAGGAGCUGGACCACACUAGUCAUCAAAUAAAACGAAUAAUCAAAGAGGUCAAGGAUCUAAUGAGUGCGGCAAAGAUGCUGUCCACUAGAAUGAAACAAUUGGCCAUUUUACUUACCGACUUUAACUUUGAGUGCAUAGGCACUGCUCAGACCGACGACGAGAAUGUCAUUUGCGAAAGCCUAAAACGCUUUGGUGCUAUCAUUGGCAAUAUCGAAGAUGAGCGCGAGAAAAUGCUAACGCUCGCUGACAAACAUAUUAUUGAGUCGCUGGAGGAUUUUCGAAAAAAGCAAAUUGGCGGCGUCAAAGAAAACAAAAAGAAAUUCGAUAAGAAAACGGAGAAAUUCUGUCAGUCGCAGGAGCGUUUUCUCAAUAUGUCAACUAAAAAGCCCGAGAACACAAUACAGGAGGCUGAUGCUAGCUUGGGCAUGCACGAACGCGAGUAUAUCCAGGAGUCGCUGAGCUAUGUCCUGCGGAUACAGGAAGUGCAGGAACGAAUCAAAUUCGAGUUCGUCGAGAUACUGCUCGCAUUUAUUUCUGGCUGGUUGGUGUUCUAUCACACAGCCCACGAACAGGCGGAAGAUCAUCGCGACUACCUGCAGGAUUUGAGGCACAAGGUGCAGAAGACUCGCGAAAAUUUCGAAGAGGCUCGCGAAAAGGUUACUGAGUUGAAAACAAAGUACAUGGAAAAACGCACAAAGCCCGAGGAGAUUUUCACAAAGCGGGGCUACCUAUUUUUAAUGGAAAAAAGUUCCAUUCUGAAAAUCUCCCUUUUAGAGCCAUUCAAAGCGACGUGGACGAAAUACUAUUGUACAUUCAAGAAGCAAAAGCGCGAGUUCACGAUGCUGCAGUUCAAUCAAAUGAAUCACAAUUUCACCAGGCCGGAGGCACGCGAUGACGAGAAGCUGACGCUCUUCUCGUGCCAGCGAAGAGCCUCGGAGUUCGAGAAGCGCUUCUGCUUCGAUUUGACCUUCAAGGAGAAGCCGGGCGUCGUCUAUACCUUUCAGGCGCUAAGCGAAAAGGAUCAUCGCUACUGGAUUAGCGCUAUGGAUGGCACGGAGCCGACUUAUCUGGCGCCUGGUAAAAUCAAAGUCAGCGAGGCAUACCAUCUGGAUGAGGCCGGCUUCAUGUUCAUCCGCCGCUGCAUUCAAGUAUUAGAGAUCCGUGGUCUGGAGGACGAGGGGAUUUACCGGAAGAGCGGUGUGGGUACCAAAAUCAGCAAGCUGCUCUCGCUGGGCCUGAAUCAAAAGGAAACCGACGACGUCUUCGUGGACGACAAGUACCGGGAUUUAAUGGAGAGCAACACCAUUGCCAGUGCCCUGAAAAUGUAUCUGCGAAAUCUAAAUGAGCCCUUGAUGACCUAUCAAUACCACAGUGAUUUUAUUGAGGCAGCCAAGCAAGAAACCCUGAAUCAACGCGUGAACGAGGUGCACAAGCUGGUCUACAAAUUGCCACAGCCUAAUUUUCAGAUGCUGGACAUGGUUAUUUGCCAUUUGACAGACGUUUCACGAAAGUACGAGAAGAACAAGAUGUCCGUAUUCAAUCUGGGCGUGGUUUUCGGACCCACUUUGCUGCGACCUCGCGAGGAAUCGGUGGCCGCCAUACUGGAUAUUAAAUUCAACAAUAUCGUCAUUAACAUUCUGAUUGAUAACUACGAGCGGAUCUUCAAGAACAAGCCCAGCGCCGAUGUAAAGCUGCCUGUGGAGGCCGCCAAGGCGCCGAGCAUUAUGUAUCCCGCACGCAGCAGUCCACCCACGCGAAUGCCGCGUGCCUCUCAAAUAGGAAAGGCCGCUUCGACUGGUGCCAUGGGCAGUACGAGCAGCACUGCGGCGGCGGCGGCAGCGGCGGGGAAUCCGAUGUUCCUCAAUCAGCAGAAGAUCUACCGCGUGGUCAGCAAAUCCAAUUGUACAGAGCCCACCAUGUCGUCCAGCCUGCAGAAUAUUCCGAAUGGCGAUAACUAUGCUUCGGGCGGUGCCGGCUGCAUUUCCCUGUCGCCGCCCAUGCAUAUGCUGAAUGGCAUACUCUCGCCGACCAUCGGCAGCAUCAACAAUCUGCACACAAUAUCGAAGAACGAGACGACGGUAGGAACGACAACGGCGGCGGGCACACGGCGAUACGUUCCCAACGACACGGCUGAGGUCGCGACCGAUUAUGGUAUUAUAGGUGCCAACAAUGGCGGCGUGACGCUGCAGUCGCAUCAUGCCAUACCCGUCAGCAGCACGACCAAUUUCCGGCAUCCCGAGUACCUAGUGACCCAGUCGGGGUCGACUAAUCACCUAUAUACGAACAGUAGCUCUAGUGUCGCUGGUGCCGCCGCUACCUCAGGCAAUCGGAUUAGUCUGAACAACGUUUCCCCGCCAAAUACAGCGAUGCGAAAGGAGAGAUUUCUCGGUAGCACCGGCAGCGGGCCGCAGCAGCAUCCGCCCGUCCAACGGGGCCUCCACUCGUACGGCCAAACGAAGCAGCAGCAGCAGCAGCACUACUCACCCCUGAUGCCCACGUCAACGUCGAGCUCCAACGACAGCGUAUGUGAUUCACUUUCUUCCAAUAACGGCCAGCAUUUGGGCGCACGCAACUCUAAUGAUUAUGCCAUGCUAACGUCACAGAACUCAUCGCUGUCGCCGCAUCUUGGACACGGAUCCGCCUGCGAUGAGGUCGUCACGGCCACCACCGUCAGCUGCGGCGGCUCCGCCAACGAGAGUUCCGAGUAUCCGCCCAGCAAAAUGCAUCGUAAUCGUGACAUUAACCAAAUAAAACGUGAUUUGUCAACGGGCACAGCUCGAGUGCGCACACUCUAUGCUUGCAUGGGCGAGAGCGAGGGGGAGCUUUCGUUUGAGCCCAAUCAAAUAAUAACCAAUGUUCGGUAUUCCCACGAGCCCGGCUGGUUGCAGGGCACACUAAAUGGAAAAACAGGACUCAUUCCGGAGAACUAUGUGGAACACUUGAAGCCCCACCAUUAGAUUACGCUUUGGUUCGGCUUGGGAGUUCGAAUGUUCCCUCGUAUUUUUUGCAUUCGUCGUUAGAUAAAAUUAAAAAAAAAACAAAAACAAAACAAAAAAAUGAAAUAUUAGGAAAUCGAAAAAUGAUCGUUGUGUAAAAAAAACUAAAACUAAUUUUUGAGUAUGUGCCCUUGGGGUUGUUUUACAUGAAAUGCAUUUUAUUUUAUGCUGGAAACCAGGAAACCACAAUCUUACCUUAUAACUAUGUUAACCUUUAUAAUACCAUGACCAUACAAUGUACUUAUUUUUAAUUAUUUAAUAAGGAGUAUAAACUCAGUGCAACUGCAAAGAUUUAUUUACUAAUUGUUACGCUCUUCAUUUGUUGCUUAUUUAUACAUAAUUCACGUAAUUUGUGCAAAAAUGAAUUACAUCGUAUCUAAUAUCUACUACAUAUACAAUUGUAUAAAAAUAAAUAGCAGUGCUUCGAACACUUUUAAAAUGUAAACUUUAAACUGAAGUCUGCCAUAUAUCAUAUCAAAAACAACAACAAAAA